CAUGAGCAACGGAUAAACGUAAAAUUGUCUCGUUUAACUAAAAAAAAACUCCAACUGAGUGCUAUAAGUUGUUAAAAGAGGCCUAUAGUGAGGAUUUCCUAUCUCGGGCGCAUGUUUUUGAGUGGCAUAAAUUAUUUUCUGAAGGUCGAGAGUGCACCGGAAUCCAAUUCAGUCGUAAUCCAAAUUCAAAACCAUGCUGAUCGUUUUCUUCGAUAUCAACGACAUCGUGAUGACUUAAUGGGUUCCAGAGGGUCAAACUGUGAACCAAAAUUACUAUUUGACAGUUUUGGCAACAUUGCGCGAAUGAGUUCGUAAGAAACGGUCGAUAUUGUGGAAAAACAAGUCGUGGAUCUUGCACCAGGAUAACGCACCUGCCCAUAACGCGCUGUCUGUGAAGCGUUAUUUGGCCGUUUAAGGCACUCCAGUACUCGAACACGCGUCUUACUCACCCGAGUUGGCACCCUGCGACUUUUACUUGUUUCCGAAGAUAAAGUCUGCCUUAAAAGGAAUCCAGUUUUACUCGAUGGAAGAGGUGAAACAAAAAUCGGCGGAACUCCUGAAUGGUCUUACGAAAAUAGACUUCCAGCACUGCCUCGAGCAAUGGAAGAAACGAAUGAAACGGCGUGUGAAGAGGGGAGGAGAGUAUAUUGA